CUCACUCGGCGCUGAAACGAAUCCACACACGGAUCAGUGUGUCACAGUGACACUGUUUUACCGGGGAACGGGAUAUACUCUGGCGAUUUACAUUCAGUCGCACUACAGCCACCGGCAAUGCGCUGCUUUAAUUUUAACUGAAAGACGGAAUACCUGCAAACAUGACGGUGGAUUUUGAGGAAUGUAUUAAAGAUUCUCCCCGAUUCAGGGCGAAUAUUGAUGAAGUAGAGACUGAUGUGGUGGAAAUCGAAGCCAAGCUUGACAAGCUGGUGAAGCUAUGCAGUGGUAUGAUCGAAGCGGGACGGGCGUACGCCACUGCCAAUAAACUCUUCGUCAAUGGCAUUCGAGACCUGUCUCACCACUGCAAAAAAGAGGAGAUGAUCUCAGAAUGUCUUGAAAAGUGUGGCGAGAGUCUUCAGGAAAUCGUCAACUAUCACAUGAUCCUGUUCGAUCAGGCCCAGAGAUCCGUAAAGCAACAGUUGCACAGUUUUGUGAAGGAGGAUGUUCGUAAGUUUAAAGAGACGAAGAAGCAGUUUGAUAAGGUGCGGGAGGAUAUGGAGAUCGCCCAGGUGAAGAACGCGCAGGCGCCCCGCAACAAACCACACGAGGUGGAGGAGGCGACCAGCACCCUCAUCACCACCCGCAAGUGCUUCAGACACCUCGCCCUCGACUACGUACUGCAGAUCAAUGUUCUUCAGGCCAAAAAGAAAUUUGAGAUUUUGGAUUCGAUGCUGUCCUUCAUGCAGGCUCAGUAUGGGCUUUUCCACCAGGGCUUCAACCUUCUGGAUGAGAUCGACCCCUACAUGAAGAAACUGGCGGCGGAGCUGGAUCAGCUGGUUAUAGAUUCAGCAAUGGAGAAACGAGAGAUGGAGCACAAACAUGCCACCAUACAGCAAAGAACCUUGAUGCAGGACUUUGCAUACGAUGACUCUAAAGUGGAGUUCAAUGUUGACGCUCCUAACGGCGUGGUGAUGGAGGGAUACCUGUUCAAGAGGGCCAGCAACGCCUUCAAAACAUGGAACAGGCGAUGGUUUUCAAUACAGAACAGUCAACUGGUGUAUCAGAAGCGACUAAAAGACGCUUUGACUGUAGUGGUGGAGGACUUGAGACUUUGCUCUGUGAAACCAUGUGAGGACAUUGAGAGGCGGUUCUGUUUUGAAGUGGUGUCACCUACAAAGAGCUGUAUGCUGCAGGCUGAAUCGGAGAAGCUCCGUCAAGCGUGGAUUCAGGCGGUUCAGGCCAGCAUUGCUUCUGCCUACAGGGAGAUUUCUGAAAACUAUUACAUAGAGCGGCUGGACAGGACGGCGUCUCCCUCCACCAGCAGUAUCGACUCUGCCAGCGAGCCGCGGGAGCGAGUGGUUCGAGGAGACAGUAUCUUACAGCGGGUCCAAUGUCUGCCCGGGAACGAGAUCUGCUGUGACUGCGGUCAGAGUGACCCACGCUGGGCCAGCAUCAACCUCGGCAUCCUGCUCUGCAUCGAGUGCUCUGGCAUACACAGGAGUUUGGGUGUCCACUGCUCUAAAGUUCGCUCUUUAACACUCGACACAUGGGAACCAGAGCUUAUGAAGUUAAUGUGUGAGCUUGGCAACACUGUGAUCAACCAGAUUUAUGAAGGAGCAUGCGAGGAACAAGGCCUGAAGAAACCGGGCCCUAACAGCUCAAGGCAGGAGAAAGAAGCGUGGAUCAAAGCCAAAUACGUGGAGAGGAAGUUUCUGAAGAAGAUGUGCGGCUCCGAGGCGCUGCUGGAGGGAGGCCGAAAGUCACAUCACUGGAGCGUGAAGAAGUGCAGGAGACACAACAGCUCCAUCAGAGCCCCUAAAACACGCCGGAAAUACAGACACGACGCUGCCAUCAUGUCUCCAGGAAAUCUCUCCGCCGCUGCAGCAGCGGCAAAGUUUCGGAGGGAAUCUCUGUUUUGUCCUGAUGAGCUUGAUUCGCUCUUCUCUUACUUUGACACUGGAUCAGGGCCUCGCAGUCUCAGCAGUGACAGUGGACUUGGCGGCAGCACUGAUGGCAGCACUGACAUACUCGUCUUCGGCUCUGUAGUGGACAGCGUCACUGAGGAAGAGUGUGAGGACUCUGAUGAAUCCAGUGGCGAGGUUGAUAUCGAGCAGGAAGCGUCAGAUCCGGAGGACGGCCGAGAGCUUGACCCGAACACGCUGCUUCAUAAAGCGUCACGAGCCCGAAACAUGCCGGUCAUGGCAGAAGCGCUUGCACACGGAGCAGACGUCAACUCUGUCAGUGAAGAGGACGAAAGCAAGAGUCCAUUAAUACAAGCCGUCACAGGGGGCUCUCUGAUUGCCUGUGAGUUUCUGCUGCAGAACGGAGCAGAUGUGAAUCAAAGGGACAUUCGAGGACGAGGACCUCUCCAUCACGCCACAUGUCUGGGUCAUACAGGACAGGUGUGUUUGUUCCUGAAGCGAGGAGCCGGUCAGAUGGAGGUGGAUGAGGAUGGGCAGGACCCUCUCAGCAUCGCUGUCCAGGCAGCAAACGCAGACAUCGUCACAUUAUUGCGGUUAGCGCGGAUGAACGAGGAGAUGCGGGAGGCGGACGGGCCUUUAGGACAGCCAGGUCAAUACCCCAGCACCAGCCCUACAGAGCAGCAGUACAGAAAGUGUAUUCAGGAGUUUAUCUGCCUCACCAUUGACGAAUGCUAGGGGGCGCUAUUGAGCACUAGCAAGACUGUCAGGAGAACUACCUGCGAAACAUGUAGUCCUUCCAAAGGAAUAGCUUUAGCGAGGAUCAUGUGAAGUCUUCAACCUCUUACCCCACCUGACCAAUUAGUUUACAUAUAGUCUUCGUACGUACAGUGGGGAAAUAAGUAUUGAACAUGUCACCGUUUUUCUCAGAAAACAUUUUUCUAAAAGUGCUGUUAACUUGAAAUUUCCACCGGAUGUUGGUCACAGCGAAAGAAAUCCAAAGAAAACAAAACAAACUAGUUUACAAAUCAAGUUAUAAAAUGAAAUGACGCAGGGAAAAAGUAUUGAACACAUGAAGGAAGGAAGGUGUAGAAAGGCAGUGAAAGCCCAGACAGCAGCUGAAAUUUCUCAGUAGUUCUUCAGCAACACUCUGCCCUUCCCAUGUGGAAAUAAAUAUCAGCUGCUUCAGCCCAACCAGGGUGGACAUUUCAGCAAGACAAUGAUUCAAAACACAGCCAAGGAGACUCUCAGAGAAAUAAAAUCAAGCU